AAAAGAAAUAUAAAUACAAAAAGCGUAUAAAACGACAAAGCAAAGUAAUGAGGCAUAUAAUUAAUUGAAUAACUUCCACAUUCCACAGUAGAUUUAUGUACAAUACGAGUAUGUGUCGUAACGAAUAAGCAAGAAUUAAAAAUAUUAAAUUAAAAAAAAAAUCUGUGCAAAUUUAAUUAGCAAAUAAAAUCGACAUACAUACAAAAUAACAAACGAAGAAGAAUACAGAAAAGGUGAUACAAGUGUAAAUAAUAAAAAUAAAAAAAGGAAUUAAGUUAAAAUACAACAAAAGCAUUAAAAACAAUAACAAUUGAUUUGUGUUGAUUGAGGUCGUACGAAUUUCAUACGAAAUAAGCGUGAAAAUAUAAUGAUAGACAUUAGUAAACGGCGAAACAGCAUUUCCAAAUUUCCAAUAUUGAGGCAGAAAUGUGAACCACGUACCGUUAUAUUUGCGCAGCAGCCGCAACAGCAGCAACAGCAGCCAAACGCCAAUUACAACAAUUUCAAUACCAAAGUACUGCAACCAUUAGCAGCAACACCACCAAUUGCAAAAACAACAGCAACAACAACGACUAAAAUAAUAAGCAAUCAAAACCCAACAACAACAGCAACCCGAACAGCCACUCUCAAUAGCCGAGCGGAGGCGAGAUUACUCUUGGCUGGUGGCAGGCGUGCUGCGUCGGUGGGCAGCACGCGUAACACCAGUAGCGCCAGCGGCGAGCAGAGCAGCAGCAGCAACAACAACAACAAUAAUAAUAAUAAUAAUAAUAAUAAUAAUAAUAAUAAUAAUAAUAACAAUAACAAAAACAAAAAUAACAAUAAUAACAACAACAAUAAUAAUAAUAACAAAAACGCUAACAACAACAACAAUAGCGACACAAAUCCGGUACGCGCGGCCAAUAGGCCAUUCUUUUUGCUACCACAAUUUCAAGAUCAAGAUUUUCUGAAGGAAGAAUGUGAUUUGGCGCAUGCGCAGUUAGCACCAAAGCAACAGCAGCAAAAGAGUAUAACAGCCCAUGCUGAGGCAGUGAAAAAUAAUAAAAACAAUAAUAACGCGAGCCAUCAGCAAACGAGUGGCAAUAGCAGACGAAAUAGCGCGUUGAAUAUAAGCAAUAACAACAACAACAACAGCAACAGCAAUAACCAAAGUAACAACAAUACGGUUGGUCGACGUCUCUCAACAACAAAAGCCACAACAGCGGCAGCAAAAGCAGCAACACUGGCGGCGGUAACAACUAAUGGCAUGCGACGCAGCGGCGGCGGUAGCGCCAACGCCAGCGUCAAUAUCAAUUCACAUCAUCAUCAUCAUCUUCACCAUCACCACAGCGUCAGUAGUGCAUCAUCAUCAUCGUCCGCGUUGGCGGCGACGAUAACGUCUACGUCAGCAGCAAAGCACGCUUCAGCAGCAACAGCAACAUCGGCGACAACAACGGCUACUGCUGCUACAGCAACAACACCAGAUACCACCGUCCACAAAGUCGACAUUGUCUUCAAUAAUCGCACGCAGACGCAAACGAACGGCAGUAGCCGAUUUUUUUCGUCCAAAGGUUUGAGUAAACAACAAACGCCAUUGCAUACGCUCAACGGCACACAGCCAGCAGCAACAACAAGCUCAGCACUUGCUACCACCAGCGGCAGUGUGUCAGCGUCCGCCUCUAAGCUGAGUAACGGCCAAGGUAAAUUGGUGCGACCUCUGGUGCAUCGUACCAUACCGACGACCGCGUUGGCGGCUGCGAAUAUCACGGGCGCGCGCGAUAACGUGAACGCCUACUCCAAUAAGUUGUUCAACAGCUUCGGCAGCAAUAGUAAUCGUAUCAGCAAUAACAACAAUAACAACGUUAACAAUAACGCCGCCAGCGGCGUAGCCAAUAUCAGCAACAACAGCGCCAGCAGCAAUAAUAAUAUCAGCAGCGGCGUUAACGGCAUGCAGAAUACUAUCGAGCACGACGAUAUAAAGUACAUAGACAGUGAUGAUGCGCCAACAACAGCGGCGGCAGCGCAUGCCACAGCUACUACCGUCACUACACCCUCACGUGGUGGCGCGCAGCUGGAGCGGAAAACACAGUUGCGUUGUGAGCAACUCUGUUGUCAGCAUACCAAUUGCGCGACUCCCACCACAGCAACGCCUGCAAGUAGUGUUAGUAGUAGCGUCGGCGCGUCGCUUAAAACACGCAUGCGCCCAAAGUCGACUAUCAUCUGUUCCACCAGCAAUCUCGUUUUCGAGAAGAUCAACAAUUACAAGUACGCCAAUGGCAGUGCGGGUGGUGGCGGCGGUAGUAGCGCGGCUAAAAUAGCAGCCGAGGCAGCUGCUGCGCGCCGUCAUGAGCUACGACACAGCAUCGACUCGAAUAGUAUAAGAGCCUCUAUAGAGAAAUUCGAUAGUUUUAGCGAACAAAAGCGUGGUGCGGCAAGCGCGCCGCAUGUUACGCUGCGUUCGCAUGGCGCCAGCGGUAGUACAAACAAUUUGCAACAUCAUCGUCAUAGCGGCAGCGAAUUUGAUCACGCCACCACCGGCAGCGGUAGCCUUCUGCGGUUGGCACAAAGCGGCGGUGGUGGUGGUUCAUUGACGCGCGCGCCCUACCGUACAGCGUCACCCUCACCCUCACCGGCCACAGCCUGCAAAGUAACUGCCACAAUGCAUGCGCCGUCGUUAGUGGCAGCCUGUUCGACAGGCUCAUCACCGUCUUCGUCGUCGUCGCUGCGCAGCGCCGCAAGUAGUACUAAUAGUUUGCCUACGAAAAGUAUCGGUAGCGCGAUGACUAGCAAUCGGCAUCAGGAAGUGUCACUCUUGCGCGCUUCGGAACGUGCCGCACCGGGCGCGUUGCUGCAUAAAGAUGCGACGGCCGCGGCGUCAAAGCAAGCAGAGUUGAAAUUGUUGAAUGGCGAUGUGAAAAAGUGCGAAACGAAUGGCGUGUGCGAUGCCGUCGGCACAGAUGUCGAAAGUAUUCGCAGCACGGCUCUGAGGAGUAUUCCGCCGGCACCACCAUCACCUACCGCAUCACGUUAUUGGGAUCGUGACAGCCGCACAACAACAACAUCGGCGCUCUCUUCUUCACCCUCAUCGGCGUCUAAUAACUUGGAUGAUGCCAACAAGACGAGGGAUGAAAAUAGCGAAGGUCUAUGUGGGCUGAGAAAUAUUGGAAAUACAUGUUUUAUGAAUUCGGUCAUACAGUGCCUGAGUCACACAAGCGAAUUGACAAAAUUCUUACGUACACACAAUGGCACACGCGCCACAUCGUCGAAGGAUCAGCAAAUCCUACAAGAAUUUGCUAAAUUGAUACGCGAAAUGUGGACCAGUAAUGUGCAUAGCGUCACGCCAAUGGAUCUGAAGCGCGCCUUUUCCUCCAAACAUCGCAUGUACAGUGACUAUAAUCAACAGGAUGCACAAGAAUUUCUGCGCUUCUUUCUCGACUCCCUGCACAGUGCACUGAAUUCGGGCGUAAAGGGUGAACAUUUGAAAAUCGACGAUAAUCUUAGUGACAAUAAAAAAGCCGAUCUAACGUGGGAGUGGUAUGCACGACACGAGAACUCACUCAUUCGUGAUCUCUUUGUCGGUCAGCUGAAGAGUACAUUACGUUGUACCACCUGCGGCAAUACAAGCGUUACCUUCGAUCCGUUUUGGGAUUUGAGUGUGUCGUUGCCAUCAUCGUCGCGUUGCAAGCUGGAAACUUGCCUUGAUCUAUUCAUACGCGAAGAGGAGUUGGAUGGCGAUGAAAUGCCAACGUGUUCGAAAUGUCGCCAACGUAGAAGAUGUACGAAAAGUUUUACCAUACAACGAUUUCCCAAAUAUUUAGUUAUACACUUGAAACGCUUCUCAGAGACACGUUGGAGCAAAUUGUCGAAUAUUGUCGAAUUUCCAACCGGUGAACGUGAACUGAAUAUGGGUCCCUACGCUUCAAAUCCCAAUUCGAAUAUAUAUUAUUCACUCUAUGCGAUUUCAAAUCAUAUGGGUUCCACAGCUGGCGGCCAUUAUGUGGCGUUAUGUAAACAUCCUGCGUCGAAAAAGUGGCAUGAAUUUAACGAUAAUAUUGUUAGCGACACAUUAUCUGAACAUAAUCUAGUUUCAUCCAGUGCCUAUAUACUGUUCUAUGAGCGAGCAAAAACGCAAACGACUAUAAUGUCGUCAGCCACUGUAACACCUGCUGCAGCGACGCAUAAGGACAAUGGGCAGAGAAAUGGCAAGCAAAAUGGAAAAUUUUAUAGAAAUUAUGGCUGAAGAGUAGAACAGAGAAAAAUGAGACAGCAGUAUAAAAUGCAAAAUCCCGCUUCUAAUAUAACUCUGCACUACCAAGAAGUUCUUAGCAAAUGUUGCUGCUUAAUCCAAAUACAUCCAAUACUUAUACAAUUUACUUUUUUUUUUAACUUAUACUAACUAAAAUGCCCUUGUGCGCUCACCACAUCAUGUGCAUACAUAUGCAUAUAUGUAUGUCGCCACUUAAACACAUAUUCAUACUCACAUACAUACAUAUACACAUUUAAAAGAGAAACUAUUUAUGCUAUUAACAGCCAAAAAUCUGAUGCAAAAUACUAUCGUUAAUUAUGGAUGGUUAAGCAAAUGAAGAACAAACUGAAUUGUAAAACAGAUCAAAGACAAAUUUAUUGCUACUGCAACAACAACAACACUAACAACAACCGCAACUACAUAAACGGUAAUGAAUAACUGUCAAUUGGCAUGCAACGUAAGCAAAAUGCAACAUGCGAAA